GGAGAGGCGGAGGCUGGGGGGAAAAAGCGCAGCCGGGUGGACGGGAGUGACUUACGCCCGCCCUCAGAUCGCGCGUGGGGGUGGCUGAUGUAAGACCCGCCUCGGGAGCUUCCCCGCCCGCAGCUAAGCUGAGACCCCGGGGUCCCUCCUCGACGCGCCCGGAGACGGGUCUCCAGACCGCGCUUGGACGUUUGCCGGGAGGGCUGAGGGGGGACUUUACAGCCUGGCUGAGGGGGUACCUAAGGCCAAGUCCUUCCGCGGAGGCUCGGCCUGGCCCUCCCGACACCCGCGAAGGCGGGAGACUUGUAGAGAGCGCGGGACGAGGGCUUUCGGGUUCACCUCCCGCUCCUCCGCACCGUGUGGGGCCAACAGCCCGAGCCCCGCGUCCCCUUGACCGUGUGGGGCUGGAAGUGCUGCGAGGAUCCUCGUCGGGGGCAGAAUCGCGGCGGGCCCGCGUUCUACCGCGUGGCACCGGGCGGAGUCGGCCGUCGUGGCCGGCGGGGACACGGCAGCCCCGGCCGCUUGCCCAAGCCACAGGGGAGCCGAGCAUCCCCAAGUCCGGGAGAAUCUCCCUGGGUUUUCUAACAUUUAAAUAUAGGCUAGCGAAGGCAGCAAUUAGCAUCUCUAAUGGGGCCUCGGAGUUUACAGUUUCUUCGAAGACUUUUAUCUCGUUUAUUUUUAAGGGCACCCCUGUGAGGUGUGUGGAUUCUCGAUGGUCUCCAUUUCGGGGAUUGGCAGGUAGCCUUUGUAAUGGGCUGGCUCAGAGAGCUCCCUGAGAGACAGGGUUAGAGCACUAAGUCGGCUUUGCAGACCUCAGAGAAAUAAUGUUACAUUCAGCUUAAAAUAAGUAAAUACGUCACGUGUCAAAUCAGAUACCAUCUUAAUUCUAGUAUGGACAAGAGGCUCCAAGAUUGAGAACAAUUUAUGAAGAGAGAAAAACUUACAAUUCUAUGCAUUAACCUAAGGUUUUCUUCAAGUUAAGAAAGACUGCACUCUUCCAUUUCACCUAAGUUCAUUUAGUGGCAAACAAAACUACCUAUAUCAAUUUUUAAAAUAUCAGAUGCAUUAAAAUGUCAAAACAAAAAAGUUUUAGAAGGAUUAUGGAAAAAGGCAAAAAAGAACCUUUCUAGUAUGUUGUUUCCUGAGUCUUGUAUUUAAAAGGUUAGUCUCAGCAGUCAUCUCUGUGACGGGAAAAUGAUGAGGGAAGUGCUCUUCGGGAUGUUACACUAGGUCUGUAACUGUAAGGUUAUGAGAACCGCAGGGCCAUGAGAUGAAGGCUUUUACAAGAAAACUAGCAAAUUAGUUCCAUGAGCUAACAAGCAAUGAUUGAGCAUCCACUUUUAGGGCUUAAUACGUUCUUUCUAAUUUAAUGCUCAGACGACCCUGUGAAGUAGAUUGUAUUUUAGUCGUUUUACAGAUGAGGAACUGAAGCUGUGUGGCCAACAAGAGGUGGAGCUAGGGUUUAAACCCAGAUGGGUCUGACUCCAAGGCCUGUGUCUCUUCUGCUACACUAUCGGUCUGUGUGGAAUGAAAUCGUAGCAUGGGGGUCUGCUUUGAAACAGUAGGUUGGGAACAAUUGUAGAGAGGCUUUAAUACCAAACAGAGGCUGCAGGCGCCAUCUCGUAGGUAAAGGGGAGAUGCUGAAGGAGACUGGGCCGUGGUAGCUCUGUGCUAGAGAAAGUGGGAACCUGGUGGCUUGUGGGGGAGGUGAUAUCAAUCCUUAGGGAGAAAGAGGGCAGAAUCUUGGGAUCCUGUCCUCUCUUUAUGACCAACUCAACGGUAUGAGAACUCACAAGAUAAAUGUGUGUUUUAUAAGAUUAAGCUACAAAGUAAUUAAUAAAGAUAGCCACAAUGUGCAGCAAAUAAAAAGAAAGCAAAAGAGCCAGAAGAGAGACUACAGACCCGGCACUGUCCCUUCUGACACAGCCGGUGCUGGCAUGCACCUCUGUGAACAAAGAGCAUGUGUUCCAGUGACAUGCUUCUUUGUCAGGGGCUUCACUGCCAAAGGCAUAAAUAACACAGGCAGAACAGGGUGUGUCUCACUGCCCUGCCAACAUCUUCCACUGGACUGUCAGUCCACAGGCCUGAAGGGGCUGUUGUCACAACUGUCCUGGUUGUGAAUAUUGCUGUACUUAACAUCAUUCUGUGUAUGCAUCUGGGUGUGAGAAAGAAGUAGAAUAUUGAACUGUAUCUAAGCUGCAAUCAUUAUCAUGAUUUUGGAUUUACGGAUUUGAAGGACUGGAAGGGAAUAAGGAAAAGCGAAAACAUCUUAGUUUGUGAGGGAGUCUGAACUAUGGGUAAAUCUCUUUUACUUCCAUUGAUGUUAAUGUUUACCUAAUAAGUAAUACAGAUAUCAAACAAUGCCUGGUUUUGGCACUCCUUUGACCCUUAAAACUGCUUGUUAAUCAGAAUGUGUGUAUUCCAGUAAGCUCCAAAAUGUCUGAGAACACUCGGAGCUAGUUUGUAACUCCUUGGAUCUGCUCUCCACCCCACUGCCUCAGCAACGUCAUCAGAUGAUCAGAGCCUUCCACAAACUUUGUGUCUGUGAACAGACUUCAGCAAAUCUGAAGAUGAAACAGGCCCACUCAGGCAUUGGCUUAACUGGUCUUGAAACCAGUUUACCAGAAUCGGCACCUUUUCUCUUUAAGAAAGACAGUCUAUGAAGGUGAUGCAUAAGAUGGGGUGAAGAAAUCAUUAUUCUAAAUAUUAAACACUUCCAUUCUUUCCCUCCUCUCCCAUACACGUUUGCAUACACUGGUAAAUCCGUCCGCUGAGUCUCCACAGUAUGGUCUGUGUGCCUGUUAUAGCAGCUAGGCAACACGUGGGAGUUGUUGAAGGAUCUAAAUUCUCAGCGAGACUGAGCUCAUACAAAUAUUUCUGGAUGAUAUGAAUGGAGAGCAGGAGCCUGGGGCCAUCUUUAGAACAUAGGUGCCCUGCAAAUGUGUUAUGUUGAAAUAAUGUCACGUGUACUCAAAAAUAUUACCUAGAAACAGCUGAGACACUGAGACAAACGGAGAGAGGAAGGCAAGUAGUUGGGUGAAAAUGGGUUAAGGAAUAAGAUCCUGUUAGUCACCAGAUGGUAAAAAAAAAAUGAGGAGGGGAAAGUGUCAGGUGUGCAGGCAGCUGCAGGUCCAGUAAGGGGCCCCUGCCAAGACAGCCAGAUUCCGUUCUGCUCUCUGAAACAGCUGUAGGUGCGUGGCCUUCCUGGGGCAGCAAGGAAGAGCUAUGACCACCAAGAGUCGGGUUUAACAUUUAUUAAACACUAUCCUUAUGCCAAGUACUGUGCUUGGGACUUUUGUGUACAUUGCAUCUCAGUUAAUCCUGGCACCAGCUCACGGGGACAAGACUAUAAUUCCCUUUUAUUGUUUAGGAAACAGGCUUAGCAAAGCCAAGUGGAACUCACAUAGCUAGUAAGAACCUGGAUUUCUCUGUCAUUAAAAUCUCACUGUAAUUCAUUCUCAUUACUUUGAUCCACUAGUCUUCACAACUGCUUCUGAAAACUUUGAUCCACUAGUCCUCACAACUGCUUCUGAAAAGCCUUUUUGUUUUCUCUGCUUUAAGAAGAUUUACAUGCUCAAGGAGGGGGUGCAGAGGAAGUUAAAAAAAAGAAAAAACUAAAGAAAAUAUUAAAUUUUAAAAUUAGAUUCCUACUAUUGAAACAUAUCCACCAUUAAGGUGUAUAUCCUUGCAGCUUUUUUUUUUCUAUAUUAUACAUAGUUUUUAAGAAAACAAUAUUGGGGGGACUUCGCUGGCAGUCCAGGGGUUAAGACUCUGCGCUUCCACUGCAGGGGGCGCGGGUUCCAUCCCUGGUGGGUGAACUAAGACCCGCAUGCCACGUGACGCAGCCACAAAAUUUAAAAAGAAAAUUAUGUUUCACGAUUAAAAAAAAACAAUAUUGGGAUCAGAUUGAAGAUUUUUGCUUGAAACUUGUUUUUCCAGCUAACACUAUGGUAAGUAAUGAGUUAAUACUCAUGACAAAUAUGAGUGUUAACUUUGCUCAAUGUUUUUCCCUUUUUAGAGAUGGACUCUAGUAAUGUGGGAAUCCAUUCCAUCACUUACAGGCUGUGUGCUUUGGGACAAAUCACAUAACCUCUAGGAGCCUCAGGCUGCUUAUUUCGGGGGACUGUUAUGAGGAUUAGACAUGAUCCUGUGGGUGAAGCUCCUACCUGGCGCUGUGCCUGGCACUGUCUCUGUGCCCCAGUCACAGUUGCUGCAAGGCAGAGUCCCUCCCUUCUAAGCAGAGGCCCAGAGCUUGCUAGCCUCCUCAGGGGUUAUCGAAGUUCUGCUGUGGCCAUUAGUCUUCCACUUCUGCUCCAUGCCCUUCAUCUCCUGUAGUUACCUUGCCCUUUUGGCUGAGGUAUGGGCUCACCUCAAACCAAUGUAAGUUGUUUUAUUUAUUUAUUUAUUUAUUUAUUUAUUUAUUUAUUUAUUUAUUGGUUGCACAGAGUUGCUGGCGGGAUCUUAGUUCCCCGACCAGGGAUUGAACCCAGGCCACCACAGUGAAAGUGCUGAGUCCUAACCACUGGACCGCCAGGGAAUUCUCUAAUCAAUUACCCCUCUGGGAGAGUUAGGCAAAUGGAAAGCCAGUGGACAAAUGACAGAAGACCAGAAGUUUAUUCUCUGGAGACAUGGGCUCAGAGCGGCACUGGACUUGGGGACACCAGGCCCAGGUGAGAGUGCAUCUCCAUUAACCAUGUAGGGUUCUUGUGGAAGUCAGACCAAACAGCAGGAAGGUAUUGCAGCAAGAUGGAUUUGGGAAAGGACCAGUCUCACUUGAUGCUCCAUCAGAUACCUGAUCCUCAUCAAGAAGAGAACCAUGUUCCAGAAGUCAUUGGAACUUGGAGUUUAAGAAACAGAGAGCAACUCAGAAAAAGAAAAGCUGAAGCACGAGAAAAGCAAACUUCACAAUGGCAAUUUGGAGAGAAAAAACAUAAGCGGCAGAGAACAGGAAUAAGAAGUGAAAGAGGCAGAAAGAGACAACAAAAUACAGAAACGAAGGUGGAGCCUCUGUCACAAUUAGAAAAGGAAAUGAUGGAGAAAGCACCAGCACCUACAGAGAAAGAAACUGAACCACCCAGGAGUGUGACCGAAGCUCUCCUUCCGGUAGCCUCCACGCAAAGAGUUGUGCCCAAGAAACAUUUUUCUGAAAUAGGUCAAGAAAGCAUUAUCCAUCAGGAAAAUUCUUCUGAAUACCAAGAAACAGCAGUACAAAACCACCCUUCUGAAGUACUCCAAGAUAUGGCUGAAUCUGGAGACCUCUCUCCUAAAAUGUACCAAGAAAUAGCUGUAUUUCAAGACCAUCCUUCCCAAAUGCGCCAUGAUAUGGCUCAACCUGAAGACCUCUCUCUUAAAAUGUGCCAAGAAACCGCUGCAGCCAAAGCCCUUUCUUCUAAAACAUCUGAAGAUGUAGCUGACCUGGAAGGAUGCCCUCUUGAAGCAUACCCCAAACCAGAUGUGCCUAAAGGCUACGCUCUUGAAACAUACCAAAAAAGAGCUGAACCUGAGGAACACAAUUCUGAACUAGGUCAAGGAAUAGCUGAGACUGAAAAUUUUGUUCCUAAAGCACAAGAAAUAGCUGUGCCUAAAGAGCUUUCUAUAAAAACAUACCAAGAAACAGUUGAACCUGAACACUUUUCUCAUAAAACAUAUAAAGAAAUCGCUGUGUCUAAAGCCCCCUCUCAUAAAACAAUCCAAGAAACACCUGCUCCUGAAAAAUAUUCACCUGAAAUAUACCAAGAAACACCUGGGUCUGAAGAAUAUUCACCUGAAAUAUACCAAGAAACAGCUGGGCCUGAAGACUAUGCCCCUGAAAUAUACCAAGAAAUACCUGGGCCUGAAGACCUCUCUACUAAGACAUAUAAAGAUAAGGAUGUGCCUGAAGAAUGCUUUCCAGAGCUGCACCAAGAAAGAGGUGGGCCCCAAGACCAGGAUCCUAAAGCACACCAGGAAGAUGCUAAGGAUGUUUAUAUUUCUCCUUGAGAAAUGAAGGAAAAACCCAAAGCAGAGGAACCAGAGAUACCAGCAAUUCCAAACGUUCCUCAAGAGAUUCAACCAGAAAAUAAAAUUUAUAGUUGUUUUGUUUUAACAAUGUGCAACCAUCAUAGUUGUCCAACAAAAUUCACAUCUUAGUACAUUAUAUGUGUGAUUUUUCUCAAAAUAUGGUAGAAAUCUCUACAAUAUUCAUUAAUAUUUUAACAGUGGUUUUUCCCCCAUAUAUAGACCAUAUCUGAAAGAGAGAACUAAUGUGAUUUUUCAGGCUCUACCACAUAGACAACAUCCUGCUAGUGUGUGUGUGUCUGUGUGCACGCCCACGUGUGCGCAUGCGUGUGUAUGUGUAGGUAUAUUAGGGAGAGGAUAGUGGUGGGAACAGACUUAACAAUUUUCCUGCCCUUAAGAAUUAGUCAGAUAAAUGUUUGUUUUCAGGGGAAAAUUACUGAGCCCUCCCUUUUCCCAUUUUUAAGUCUGAACAAUUAAAAUUUGAGGAAGUAUAUAGUUUUCUUAUAAACUUUGUUCAAUUAUUAAUGUAACAAUAGCAUCAAAAUCUUUUUUUGUGUGUGGUACACGGGCCUUUCACUGCUGUGGCCUCUCCCGUUGCGGAGCACAGGCUCCGGACGCGCAGGCCCAACGGCCAUGGCUCACGGGUUCAGCCGCUCCGCGGCAUGUGGGAUCCUCCCCGACCGGGGCACGAACCCGUGUCCCCUGCAUCGGCAGGCGGACUCUCAACCACUGCACCACCAGGGAAGCACAGCAUCAAAAUCUUAUUCAGGCUUCAGAUGGCUUUUAACAAUUUUAACAAUUCUUAUUCUGGGAUUCCUUCAAAGAUAUUUUGGAGUGAUGAAUGUAGUUGUGUAUUUGAAUUUUGAUUUUCUAUUUUUACUUUUUAUACACUGUAAUUGUGCAAAAUGUAUAUUAAAUCAUUAUCACGUGUUUGUGUGGACAGCA